UUUAAUUAGGGUGUUUACAUUUAGUUAUACAUAACAUACUUAAUUGUGUGUAUUUCAGAAUAGAGGGAGCAUCACGUUAAAGACUCCCCACUAUGGACAGAACUGUUGUUAUUCUCAUAAUUACAUUAACGUGUCUUCAUUCGUUAAAUGCAGCCUUUACUAAUUUGGCAUUGAAUAAGGCUGCAACCCAAACCGACACGCAUAUCGGAGGAGAUGCAUCAUUGGCUGUGGACGGGUCUAGUUUCCAGGCAUUUUCUUAUGCGGACUCUGGUUGCACAAGGACCGUGUCUGAGGACGCGUCUUGGGAGGUCGAUUUGGGAGACCUCUAUGUGAUAAAUCAAGUGAAAAUAAUAAAUAGACUAGAUCGAGAGCUGAAUGGAUUCAAAAUGAACGAAACCUGCCGAAGCCGUUUGGAAACCUUCACACAUAUAAUUAUAUGGAAAAAAGAAUUACUUAAUAAGUGAAAAUGGCAAAGUAAAGGAUAAAGAAAAAAUUGAC